AUGAAGGCAUACGAGUAAUGGUACGACUGGGUAAGAAUAUGUAUGCACUACAAUGUGUAAUAAUGCCAAAUAUGUCACAUGACAUGAUAGUAGGAGUUGACGAAUUGACAGAAAAACAUGUAGUGAUAGAUUUUAAAAAUAAUACGAUGAAACUAACAGAAGAAAAAGAAAAGGAACAGGACAAGGAACAGGAGAAACAAAAUACGGACGAAUCAGGUAAAGAACAAACAGUGGAAAUGAAUUUGGCAACGAAGCAAGGACAAAGAAGAAAAGGGAGAAAAAGUCAGAAAAGGAUAAAAGAAAAUGAAACCUGUGGCUCCUCAAAAGAAGAGUUGAGCCCAGAAGAAGAAAAUUUGAGAGUAUCAGAAACAAAGGAAACCUGGGAUUCCUCAAAAGAAGAGACGAGCUCAGGAGAAGAAGAAAUAAAGCUAAAAAAUGAAAGUGAAAAGAAUAUGAUUGAAACAGUGGUAUUUGAAGAGGAGGUAUAUGCAAACGAGGAUGCAGAAUGCACGGUAAACAUGUGUGAAGAAUCUGAAAAAAAAAGACAGAAAAUUGAUAUGUGGAGAAGGGAAAGAAAAAGAAUUGCGGUUGAUGUUAAGAAACUACGAAAAUUUGAUCAAUGAGGAAAACAGAGUGGCUAAAAAGUACGAACAUUCAUUUGAGGUGAAAAACUUGGGAAAUUUUCGAUCAAAGACUUACCUUAUUCCAUACAAGUAUCGACAAGAGGUGAAAGAAGAAAUAAAUAAAAUGUUGGAAGAUCAAAUCAUCGAAAGAUGUGAUUCACCGUAUGUUAACCCGAUUGUGAUAGUAAAGAAAAGCAAUGGAGAAUUGAGAUUAUGUUUAGAUGCCAGGAAUAUCAACCAGCACACUGUAUCACAAUAUGAAUCACCUCUAAACAUCGAGGCCAUUUUUGGAAGAAUCACCGGGU